AUACUCAACAGACUGCGAUACUUCUCAGUCAUAGUAAUUGUAAUACUACCUAUAAUAAUAGCUUUUAAGAUGAAAAGUUGUCUGCUUGUCUGUCUUCUGUGUGGAGCCCUGCCCAUUUGUGCAGCUGACGCUGUUCCUGUGGACGCUGCUACUCAUCAAGAAGUCUCUACCCCAGAUGAUGUGUUGUUAAAACAAGGAUACUUUGAACCAUCUAUUCAAGAAGUAAUAAAAACAGCUGUUGAUGGUGCACCAUAUUUACAGAGACAGCAUCUUGCUCCUAAUGCACAAGAUGCAGCUAAUCCAAAUUCAAACUGUCCUCGGGGAUGGCAUCUGUAUCAGGAAAACUGCUUCCUGUUUAUGAACCUGAGCUACACCUGGAACAACGCUGAUGCAAUGUGUCAGAGUAUUGGAGCGAGCCUGGCCUCAGUUCAUGACAUGUGGGAGUACAACUUCCUGAAGCAGCUCACCUGGAGAGCUGGAUUCUUAACCGCCUGGAUCGGAGGAUACCGCUUCCAGGGCUUCUGGAAAUGGGAUGAUGGAACACCCUUUGACUACAACAACUGGUACCAAUCCUCCAGCUACGAGUGUGUCUUUCUCAACAGUCCGGAAUCCAGCGGCUGGUCAAGUGCUACCUGCAGCAAUCUACACCCAUUCAUCUGCUCCAUUAAACUCAAUGCUUGCUAAUUUUUGCCUUCAUUGUCAGUGGAAUUUUCUGUUUACUGUUACUCUGGCGCAGGACCAAAAUAAAAUUGCUGAUACUUGUGUA